AAAAAAACAUUGUGCGUUAUAUAAUUGCGGGUCCUUCACUACUUUAUUUAAAAGUAAACAGGAUACACGAUAGUCAUACUUUAACUUUACAAAAUGUGGGCUACUUUUUUCUUUGCCGUCUGCUGUACUUAUUUGGCGGGACACGUUUAUUCAGAAGAACGGCAAUGUUCAAGAUACCACUACGAGGCUCAAACUUUGGAAAGAAUUAUCAGGGCUGAGAUUGAUCUAGUAGCUGUGAAAAAUAUUGUUACAAAUAUUGAGGAAAAGACAGAAAAAGUAAAGAACGAAAACAACGACGAACUGUCAAGACUCGCUGAAAAAAUGGACAUAUUGCAAGAGAAAAUGAACAAUUUAGUAAGGAACAUAUCCGAAACGAAGGCUGCGAAAGAAGGGUCGGCGACCAGUUCUAUGUGGAAGUUUUGUACAUCAUGCAAGACGACGUGCAGCGACGUGGAAAAUUCAGAAUGUAAAUGGAUGGCAUGUAAAUGUAAACCUGGUCUGAGCUACCACCAUGCCACGAGGAAAUGUCUACCAGACUGCGGAGAUUAUGGGUAUGGUAACACUUACCAAGUUGAAAUCGAUACAAUUUUAGAAGGUUUUAAUACUAAAGUAAUUCACACUAUUUCGUUAGAGGAUUGUGUCCAAAGGUGUAAUAUGGAAAAAAGCUUCGUUUGUAAAACGGUAGAGUAUUACAAGCCAAAGCAAGAGUGUCAUUUGUCAGGGGAAACUCUUUACACAAAGCCAGAGGUUCACAAGACGAAUAUGAGAGAUUAUAUUACUUAUACCAGAGACUGUAACUAGGACUGUGAUCCAAGAAUUUAUCAAGUUAUCUCCACUUGGCUUAAUGUUCACUAAAAGAAGAUCAGGACCGAAUUUUUCUGAUUUUGUUUUCAUGGUGUAUAAAAAUCAUAUUAAACAAAAUAUUUUUUUGUAAAUAUACAAAGUCAUAACGCUUUGAUUUACAAGGAAUGUCCAUAUUUUUAGGAUAUAUUUUGGGAAUAGCAAAAUGAAUACAAAAUACAAAAAUAAUUUUGUAUAUCAAAUAAGUUUAAAUUUAAAGAUGAAGGUAUUUUGAUCAACUGUGAAUAUUCUUAGCUUACCUUUCAAUCGUUUAGUUUAGUGAUAUUAUUCGUCAUUAAGGGUACCUCAGUAUUGAACAUGAAUUUCAUAACAAUAUCUUCUUUUUCUAUUGCAAUUAUCAAAAUAAUGCUUAUUUUUAAAUACUAAUAGGAAUACGCAUUAUUUUAGGAGAUAUUAAAGAAUAAACGUGACAUAUAGCGAUUGAUGUCUCUGCGUAAUUGCUGUUUUAAUAAGGUUAAAUUGGACAGUGGUCAAGGGGCGAUAACCUUUUAUGUUUUAUUUCUAUUUCUGAAUUGUUAUUCAUAUACAUGUAUGAGUGUAUGGUAUUUCGGGAUACAUAUGUUCCGCCAUUAAUUUUGUUCAACAUGUGUGAGAUAUCAAAGCUAAAGCAAGUUACAUCAUUAACAUGAGCGAUUCUUGUGCAAUAAAUCUAGAUUGCAAAAUAAUCAAAAGCGAUGUUAUAUAUCAAAAAUGAUGUGUCUAACCUAACAAUAGCAAAAAAACAAGUUAAAUUUUCUGAUGCUUUGAUACCAUUGGCAUUUAAUCUCUCAAUAUGAUGGUUUCCUGUAAGUUAAUGGACGGACUCGGUAAACAAAUAAUAAAAGAUGUUUGACUGAUUUGACGCACGCAUUCAACAAACAUUAUAUGUUUUGUUCUUUUUUGUUAAAGUUGUGAUCGUGCUUUUGACGGUAAGCAUUCUGAAUUCUGAACAAAUCACUGAUACUUUUUACUUUACAUUCGUGUAAAUACCUUUUGCAUUAUAGCAUUGAUAAUUAAGCUCACGUGACUUUACCCUUUCUGAUUCACUAACAUCUAAAUUUAUAUUGCAUAUUGACGGGUGCAAAAUAGGUAUCGUGUUAAAGGGACAGAACCCGACAGGAACAUUCUUUGAAGGAACCUCCCGAAAGACCCGUAUAUUGCUGUUCAUCAUUUCAAAAAAAAGUAUUUUCAAAUUCUCAACUAAAACGUUACAAAGAUUUCAAAAUAUACGUGUUUUAUAAAGUGUUCGUGAAUAAAUGUUAGGUAUUUAUCUACAAGUUAUAACGAUAAGAACAUUUCGAAACAUUCCAAUAUUGCACUUUUCGCAAAGAAAAAGUUAUUUCUCGAUCUCGCUUUAAAGAUCCUGUAUAUUUUGUGAUUGAUAUUGUUACUGUGUGUAUACCACAGUUGCAAAAAAAUAUGUAUGUAUAUAAUUAUGCAAAUAAAACAAUUUUCAAACAUCAAAGAAUAUGUAAAAUGUGUACUGCAAAUAUUUGUGCACAUUAUAUUUAAUCAAUAAAUUAUAUGCAUUCAUUUCUUAUUGGAAAAUUUGACUUAGAAUUUAUAGAAAAUAAAUUUCUAAUUACCUCCCUUUAUUUACAUGAACUGUUAAAUUCGGUAAUAUCUGUAUAAAUAAUGCUUUUUGGAACUUACAAUAUUGACAAAUCUUAACUUGAGAAUCAUAUUUAUGAAACAAAACCAUGAAAAAAAUGUGUCACAGGAUCUUUAAGUACCAAAAAAACUUCAUGACUGCACCCACUCGUGACUUGAUCUUAUUCACUGCCUAUUGAUGAGGAAAAUAAUAUAUCAUGAUUUCAAUUGUUUUCAACAUACAUGAAUAGUAUUUAUUAUUCACUACAAGGAAAUAGAAGCAUAACGAUUUAAACAAAAACAUAUUCUAAACCGGACGUAACUCUUGGCCUUCCUGGACAAUUGUUUGCCAUUAUAACAUUAUAUAACGAUGCUUUAUUAUUUACUGUAACAGCGAAUUUUUCAUCAUUUCAUUAAAAUUAAUGUUAUAUUCCAUUCCUUUACAAGAAAACUGCUCGGCAUAUAAAGAUUGGGAUGAAUAAGCAUGUGGGCUUCGAUUUGCUUUGCCACCUGCUGUAUUUAUUUGGCGUGGAACGUUAUUUCUUGUAGAGAUUAGUUUUGUUUUAAUAAAAUUAAAACAAUUAUUUAGAACGUCUUAUAAAAAUAUCCUGACUUCCUAUUAGUAGACUACAAAAUUAGACCUUGUGUAUUACACUACGAUAUUUUCAAUAUGCAUUUUACUUUUUUGUGUGUUAUUGGUAAAGAAUUUGUAGCGUAAAUAGUUCUAAUUGAUGGAAAUGCUUGUUAAGAAAAUGCUUUUUCUUCAUAUCUUUAAAUGGUAAAAGUUAUAUUCAAAUGACUGUUACAAGUAUCUGUAGAGUAUUUGUUUUCAUUUCACACCUUAUUAACUUUACCUAAUGAACUUCUGACAUGUUCACUUCGUGAUGAUUAAUACAAAUCAUUAUUGGAUUUAAUUCUAUCAAUUAAGCAUUGUUUUCCACAGCUCUAAGGAAAUCCUAUCAAAUCCAAAUUGCACUGCAUCUAGCCUCGUCUUCAUUUUCCUCAAAUAAAAUCCAUAUGUAGAUCUACUCGAAGAAACUGUGUCGGUCAUUGAUACAAUAACAUUGUUGAUUCGAAGCAUUUUCUUUAUUUUAUUUCCAUUACUCUUGAGGACUGAGUUCUGCGAAAUAAAUACUCCAUUAUAGAUUGUUGAGUACCAUAAAGACUCUUUUGGUUUCGUACACAGCUAUUCAAGCUAUAGUGAACGCGACUUUCGCCUCGUCAACUAUAAGUUAAACAGCUCUGAACGAGUUGAUCAGAAUUCAAUAUUGCACUCAACAAUGUGUAAGAACAUGAGAGUGUCUUCAUAGAAAUUAAAUGAAAAUGUGUAAAACUGAAAUAAUUAUGCCAAAAAAUUAUAUUAAAGAAGAUCAUGAUUGCACCUUUUGAAAUUUUGUAAGGGCUUUCUGACAAUAUGUAUGUGUGUUAAGUUAUGGAGAUAAUUUUAGCUAAACAGCAGCAGGUGUAGCAGCAACAACAGCAGGUGUAGGAGAAGCAGUAAAAAAAGCAGUAGUAGUUGUACAUGUAGUAGUAGAACUAGCAACAGCAAUAGCUGUAUGAGUAGCAUUAGUGACAGUAGUAUAAGUAGCAGUAGAAUAAGCAACAGUAUUAGCAUUAGUAGUAGCAGCAAUAGAAGAAGAAGCAGAAGAAGCAGUAGCAGUAGUGGUAGCAGUAGUAGCAGCAGUAGCAUUAGUAGAGUAUUAGCAGUAGUUGCAGUAGUAGCAGUAGCAGUAGCAGUAGCAGUAGCAGUAGCAGUAGCAGUAGCAGUAGCAGUAGCAGUAGCAGUAGCAGUAGUAGUAGUAGUAGAAUUAGCAGUAGAAAUAGCAUUGGUAGUAGUAGUGGUAUAUCAGUAUAAGUAGUAGUUGUAGCAAUAGCUGAAGAAGCAGGAGUAGUAGCUGUAGCAGCAUCAGGACCAGCAGAAAAAGCAGCAGCAGCAACAGUCGCAUUGGCAUGAGCCGUUGUAGUAGUUGUAGUAGUAGUGUAAUAUGUGUUAUCCAAUUCAUAUGCUUUGUCCGAACAUGAAUUGUCCGAACAUGAAUUGUACAAGUAAUGCUCACCUUAUUACAGAAUUUUAAUCCAUAUUAUUUCCAUUAUUACUUAUAUUAUGUCAUUGUUCACUUCAACAACACAGUUUAGAACAAUGUUAAUUAUUUUGUAUCUGUUUAGAUCCAUAACUGUGUGUACAAUCAUAAGAAACAUUUUGCACUCGAAUUUGGCGGCCAUAUUGACUUGUUCUACUACGGUGCAAGAAUAUUGUUGUCAUCUUGAUAUAUAUGCUAAUACUUAAGUUUGUGUUACAAGUUGAAUUAGAAAUUGAUUGUUAACGUAUAUUUUUGCAUUACAUAUGAAAUACUACAAUGGAUGAAUGCUAUAUUGUAUUUGAGAGUAAUUGAUUCUAAGGAACUAUUUAGGGCACUUGUGCGUAAGAAAGUUGGCAAAUGUUGGCAACUAUUAUUUCUAUAUGUCAAGAGUAUUUUUGAUAUAUUGAUAAAUUAAUGAUUAUCAGUCAUUAUUUAGGAACCUCUCGUAAUGUUUAACAUGUAUUAUAUUGUAUGUAUGUCGAGUGAAUGAUGUUUAUUUAUUUGAAAACAUUGUAGAACCUGUUUACGCAUUUUUAUGUUUGCAAGUUCUGAUUGGCUGACGCUAUGUUUGCCAACAUCCGACAGCUAUAUAAGGGCGGCUGUAACCGAAAAUGGCACCAGUUGCAAGCUUCCAAUAACUUCCAUAGUAACCAAGGCACUGGGGAAUAUUUUCAAAGAAACAUCUUAUUAAUCUAUUUUAUUCAGUAAGUUACAAACAAAACAUGUUAUCCCUAAAGAAAACAACAAUCCUUUAAGUGUUUUAGUCCCGUUUAUUUACAAUAAACCGAAUUAAUUCCGUUUGUUUACAUAUGCCGAGUUUUGUUUACAUAGCAACCCCGUAGUCAAGCUUUUUAACAUCAACACUAUGCAACUGGUGGUCCCCUUUGCUGUUACAACCGCACGUCUUAGUAGAUAAAUUAUAAGUUCUUACAUAAUUUAUUAUUAUAUUUGAUGAUAUAAACUUGAAUUUGUUAUCUUCAUCAAUACAGAAGAGAUUAUUUAAACGUUAA